CAAGAGAGGACUUUGAAUGAGGAAAAGCAAAUCUUUUUUGCCUUAGAUAUAGGGAUCGAUCCCCAUGAAACAUUGUCAACACUAUCGAUCCCAACAUCUAAAAGUUUGUCAGUGCCCGUGGCGCCUGCCGUGCGUUCCGAAAGUGGACGCAAAGUCAUAAACGUGACAUUCACACCGCGAAUGUUCCCGACCCCUUUGCGGGAAUCCAAGAAACUUGAUGAGGAUCUGUGGAUUAAAAAAUUUAAGCCAGCAUGGAAUGAAAACGUCCACCAAAAGCUUGAGGCGCGAAAUCAUAACGAGGAGCCCAAAUAUGAUGAUAUGCGUUCGGUGAGCGAAAGAGACCCCUUUUGGCUAAAGGCUCGGGGUGACAAUAUGUGCAGAGCAGGCGACUAUGAAUCAGCCAUAAAUGCCUAUACUACGGCUUUGUGCUGUGACUCUCGACACCGACAGCACCACCUGCUCCUUGGAAAUCGCGCUUUAUGCUUCUUCAGAAUCAGGCGAUAUCAGGAAUGCGCUGACGACUGCACAGAGGCUUUAAAGCUUCUACAAUCGAGUGAACGCCAAGAUUCCGAUACGUCAGUCGGUAUAUACUUACAGUUGUACGCUCGCCGUGGUGCAUGUUUUUGUCAGAUGGGAAAUUACGCAAUAGCAUUGAAGGA